AUGCUGAGGAAGAUGGGUGAGGCCGUGGCCAGAGUUGCGAGGAAGGUCAACGAGACCGUGGAGAGCGGCUCCGACACCCUGGACCUGGCCGAGUGCAAGCUGGUUUCCUUCCCCAUCGGCAUCUACAAGGUCCUGCGAAAUGUCACCGACCAGAUCCACCUCAUCACGCUGGCCAACAACGAGCUCAAGUCCCUCACCAGCAAGUUCAUGACCACGUUCUGUCAGCUCCGAGAACUCCACCUGGAAGGGAACUUCCUGCACCGCCUUCCCAAUGAGGUCAGCACCCUGCAGCACCUCAAGGCCAUUGAUCUGUCCCGGAACCAGUUCCACGACUUCCCUGAGCAGCUCACCACCCUGCCUGCACUGGAGAACAUCAAUCUGGAAGAGAAUGAGAUUGUGGAUGUGCCCGUGGAGAAGCUGGCUGCCAUGCCUGCCUUGCACCGCAUCAACCUGCGCUUCAACCCACUGAACGCCGAGGUGCGCGUCAUCGCCCCACCACUCAUCAAGUUCGACAUGCUUAUGUCUCCAGAGGGCGCCCGGGCGCCCCCACCCUAG